AUCUCCCUGGAGGGAAUAUUCUGUGUCUUGGAUCUCUCUUUUACGUAAUUACAAGAACUAUCUUCUCCGGAAUUAAAGACAUCGAAGAAGAGGUGCAGCAGAACUUCUGCUGCCGAAGGAAAGAAGGGGACGCUUGGGUUUCUCCUCUUUCUCUCUCAUAGGAAAGGAAAAGGAAAAGGGAAAGUGAGGGAAAAAAGGAAGGGAAUUUGAGAGAAAAAGAUGGAGACGGAGAGAGAGGAAGUAAGGGUGGGAUCCAAGUUCCCAUUGAGCUUUUGGGAAAUGGCGGUGGCCUCCGUGGUCGUCUUGGGAUUUGUAAUGGGUCUUCUUGGGGUUUACCUGACCAUGCCUGCAUCGGAUUACAGCUUCCUCAAGCUGCCUCGUACCCUAGAAGAUCUUCAAAUCCUCAGAGAUCACCUUGACAACUACACAAGUGACUAUACUGCGCAAGUCCUGGUGGGAUACUGUGUGGUCUACAUCUUCAUGCAGACUUUCAUGAUUCCAGGGACCGUUUUCAUGUCAUUACUUGCUGGUUCACUUUUUGGAGUAUUCAAAGGGGUAGCUCUAGUUGUGUUCACAGCUACUACAGGCGCUUCUUCUUGCUAUUUCCUAUCAAAACUGAUUGGACGUCCCCUCCUCUUCUCUCUUUGGCCCGACAAGCUGAGUUUCUUCCAAGCACAGGUGGCUCAAAGAAGGGAGAGCCUGUUGAACUACAUGCUUUUCUUAAGAUUGACUCCAACUUUGCCGAAUACAUUUAUUAACGUUGCUUCACCAAUAGUCAAUGUACCUUAUCACAUUUUCUUCCUGGCAACCGUCAUUGGACUUAUUCCUGCUGCUUAUGUCACUGUCAGGGCUGGAUUAGCUCUUGGUGAGCUGCAAUCGCUUGGGGAUCUAUACAACUUCCGCUCCGUUGCCACUCUGUUCCUAAUUGGCAUUGUCUCCGUUACCCCUACAUUAAUGGGCAAGUGUAAAUCGUAGCAUUCCACAGGCUGAGCAUUGCGGUUGUACAUGGGUCUCGAUCUCCUGUCCUGUGAGACAUGAGAACUUCGUUUCUGUAUAGGUUGGCAUCAGAUAAACUGAUAAAGUGCAACGCAUAGCUGUCAUACUCUUGGUUUCCAUGGCCAAUGCUGCAGCUAUCGGAGGAAGGGGUUCAUUCAUGGAAGUGUUCAGUAAAGUGGGCUAUGUUUUCUGAAUCGCAAGAAACAGUCCUCAAUCUUAGUGACGUGUAUGUAUAUCAUUGUUUAGUAUAUUUUAUUUGAAAAGAUAUUCCUCAAUAGUUUCAUUCCUCUCUCUGUCCUCCCUACUCGGUGAUUGAACUGAAAUAUUGGAUAUCUCAUUCCCGUUUACUCAGUA